ACAAUUUCAUUUAUUGCUUCUUCAAAUUCCGUACGAAGUUUACUCGCUAAAAAAAAUAAAAAAAUGGCGUUCGAAGGCAAAGUCUACGUACACGAUAGAGACGAGAAUUUCGAAGGUUUUGUUGCUACUUUAGGCUUAACUGAGGAUAAACUGGAAAAACUAAAGAACUACAAGCCCAAGUUCAAAUUGGAGAAGAAUGGAGAUACUUACACUAUGACGUCAUUCUCUGACAGUCGCAACAAUGUCGUCACUUUCAAACUCAACGAGGAGUUUGACGAAGCGGUGAUGGACGGCCGUGCUGCAAAGACAACCUUCACUCUGGAUGGUAACACCCUUACGCAAGUCCAGAAGUUCGAAAUCGGCACCAUAACAACAAAGAGAGAGUUCUUUGAUGACAAAUUGAUCGCGACAAUUAACAGAAGUGGCUGGGAUGGUACUGCCGUCAGAUACUACAAAGCUUAAUGAUUAUGAAAUGAAUUUAAUCCAUAAUUUAUUUUUAUUCUAAUUUUUUU